UAUUUAAAAAAAAAAGAAAAGAAAAAGAAAAGCUAGGCUAUGUAAAAUUUUGGGGUCAAAUUGAACUCCAAUGAACCUUUUGUGUACAGCGUGAACGCAGCGACCCGCUCCUCAAACCCUAAUGAUUAAACACCUGAACAAAAUCAAGGUCUUCAAGAUUACCUACAAGCAGGCGAGUUUCAUCAGGGUUGGAGUGGUCCAUACCUCCUUGGAUCUUUAAAAACGCGUGCGCUUUGACUCGUCUUUACAGCGUUUGUUGUGCAAUUCAGCAGAUGUUUUGAUGCAGUAACCUAACAGUUUUCGUUGUAGCUUUGUGUGCUUCGUUGCCUGCCCCUUUUACUCACUAAUUCAGCGCGUUUUCCAGGAGACUUCAGUGAGAGAUCUUUGGUCGAGAGGAUGACAGCUCGAGUGUACUGGUCGAGUGCUGUUUUAUUGUAUCUAUGUGCAUGUUUGAGCACAGCAGACGCUGGAGUUGCAGUGAAGCCUGCUGCCAAACUGCCCGAGUCUUCUGUGAUGGCUGCUGCAAAGCCUCCAGUGAAGCUUGUUGCCAGACUGUUCAAACCUCCAGUGGUGACUGCCACCAGGCCCCCAGUAAAGCCUGCUGCCGAGCCUCCCAAGCCUCCAGUGAUGGCGGCUGCUGAGCCUCCAGUGAAGCCUGUAGUCGAACCAGCCAAGCCUCCAGUGAUGCCUGCCGCUGAGCCUCCCAAGCCUCUGGUGAUGGUUGCCGCCAAGCCUCCGGUGAUGGCUGCUGCCGAGCCUCCAGUGAAGCCUGUAGUCGAACCAUCCAAGCCUCCAGUGAUGCCUGCCGCUGAGCCUCCCAAGCCUCCGGUGAUGGCAGCUGCUGAGCCUCCACUGAAGCCUGUAGUCGAAUCUGCCAAGCCUCCAGUGAUGGCUGCUCCCGAGCCUCCAGUGAAGCCUGUAGUCGAACCAGCCAAGCCUCCAGUGAUGCCUGCCGCUGAGCCUCCCAAGCCUCUGGUGAUGGUUGCCGCCAAGCCUCCGGUGAUGGCUGUUGCCGAGCCUCCAGUGAAGCCUGUAGUCGAACCAGCCAAGCCUCCAGUGAUGCCUGCCGCUGAGCCUCCCAAGCCUCCGGUGAUGGUUGCCGCCAAGCCUCCAGUGAUGGCUGCUGCCGAGUCUCCAGUGAUGGCUGCUGCCGAGCCUCCAGUGAAGCCUGUAGUCGAACCAGCCAAGCCUCCAGUGAUGCCAGCCGCCAAGCCUCCGGUGAUGGCUGCUGCCGAGCCUUCAGUGAAGCCUGUAGUCCAACCAGCCAAGCCUCCAGUGACGCCUGCCACCGAGCCUCCCAAGCCUCCGGUGAUGGUUGCCGCCAAGCCUCCAGUGAUGGCUGCUGCCGAGCCUCCAGUGAAGCCUGUAGUCGAACCAGCCAAGCCUCCAGUGAUGCCUGCUGCCGAGCCUCCCAAGCCUCCGGUGAUGGCUGCUGCUGAGCCUCUAGUGAAGCCUGUAGUCGAACCAGCCAAGCCUCCAGUGAUGCCUGCCGCUGAGCCUCCCAAGCCUCCAGUGAUGCCUGCCGCCAAGCCUCCGCUGAUGGUUGCCGCCAAGCCUUCAGUGAUGGCUGCUGCCGAGCCUCCAGUAAAGCCUGUCAUCGAACCAGCCAAGCCUCCAGUGAUGCCUGCCGCUGUGCCUCCCAAGCCUGCGGUGAUGGUUGCCGCCAAGCCUCCGGUGAAGCUUAUUGCCAGAUUGCUCAAGACUCCGGUGAAGCCUGUCGCUGAACCACCCAAGCCUCAAGUGAGGCCUGCGGCCAAGCAAUGGCACUUCCCUCUUACCAAAUAAAUUUUAAUAAGA